UUCCUGAGCCGCGGUAGUGCCGAGUUCGAGUGCUGUCACUGCCGCUCAGUGUUAUUGAAGUGGGGAAGAUGGCGGGUGCGGCGGGCUCGCCGGCCUCGGACUGGGUUGUAUUGAGAGAUGGCUGUUUGCGUUGUGAUGAGAACGGUUUGGACAGCCUGUCUUACCACCCGACUCUUAAUGCCAUCUUGGCUGUCAGCAGCCGGGGUUGUAUUAAAGUCAUCGACGGUACAUCGGGAGCCAUUCUACAGGCCUCGGCACUGCGUGGAGGGAAGAGUGGUUCUUUGCGGUCUGGAGUUUCAACAUCAAACACCGGGGAAUGCUGGACAGGUGAAGGACCUCUUUGGGAAACGGAGGCUGCCCCCUAUGCCGCAGGAAGACCAGCUGGCCGGGUGAGAUGUCAGUACUUUCCUGCUGUGGAUAAAGUAGUUUUUGUGGAUGAUUAUGCUGUAGGAUGCAGGAAGGACCUCAAUGGAAUUCUUUUGUUGGACACAGCCCUUCAAACACCCGUCUCUAAACAGGAUGAUUUGAUUAAUUUGGAAUUACCAGUUACAGAAGCUCAGCAGUUGCUUUCUGCCUGUGAAGAAAAGAUAGAUGUUUCAAAUGUUGAAGGAUACAGUCACUUCAUUCUGCAGCUAAGAGAUGGCUUGAAAAAUACCUCACAUGAAACAGCAGCAAAUCACAAAGUUGCAAAGUGGGCCACAGUAACAUUACAUCUUCCCCAUCAUGUACUCAAGUGCGUUACCUGUGCGAUUGUGAAUGAACUGAAGAAGAUGAAUCAUAACAUUGCUGCUCUGCCUGUAGCUUCCUCAAUAAUGGAUAGGUUAUCCUACCUCUUACCAAGUGCGAGGCCAGAGCUUGGAGUAGGUCCUGGCAGGUCUGUAGAUAGGUCUUUAAUGUACAGUGAAGCUAACAGAAGAGAAACAUUUACUUCUUGGCCUCAUGGAGGAUAUAGGUGGGCACAGCCAGAUCCUAUGGCUCAAGCUGGAUUUUAUCAUCAGCCUGCUUCUUCGGGGGAUGACAGAGCAAUGUGCUUCACUUGCAGUGUAUGUUUAGUCUGCUGGGAGCCUACAGAUGAACCUUGGUCUGAACAUGAGAGACAUUCCCCUAACUGCCCUUUUGUUAAAGGGGAACAUACACAGAAUGUACCCCUGUCAGUGACUUUGGCAACAUGCCCUGCACAGUUUCCAGGUGCAGAUAACACAGACAGGAUAGCGUGUUUUGGCUAUGGCAGUUCUUCUGGUUUUCUAGCAGCUGCAACCAAGCAAGGAAGGAUAUGCAUAUGGGAUGUCUCUAAAUUGACAAAGGUGCACUUAAGGUUUGAUGUAAACCCAUAUGAUCCAGCAAUUCUGCGUCAGCUUUUACCAUCUGGAGGUGAAGAGGGUCCAUCUGUCAUCACAAGGAGACCAACAUUAGCAUGGCUAGAAGAUUCAUCCAGCUGCUCUGAUAUUCCAAAACUAGAAGGAGACAGCGAUGAUCAGUUAGAGGAUUCAGACAGCGAAGAACAUUCCGAAUCUGUAACAGCAGGGCAUGCCUGUCAGAAGGACACCUUUGAAAUAAGUUUUGAGAUCACAACACUGAGUAUCCUUCAACAACCUGAGGACCUGCAGUGGGAAAUAGUUGCCAGCGUACUAGAGGACACUGUUAAAGAUCUUGAAGAACUUGGGGCAAAUCCUUCAUUAGCUGGCUGUAAAAGUGACAAGUCAAAGGAAAAGCACUUAGAACACCAUAACAUUCCCUUUCCCUGUUUGGUAGCUGGGGUUUCAUUAACUUACAAAUCUGCAGCUACCUCUCCCAUUAGUAGCAAUUCAAGGAGGUCUUUGGAUGGUUUGAGCAGGACUCAGGUUGAAAAUGCAUCAGAGCAGGACUCUGUAGAUAAUGAAUCCUUUAGUAAUUCUGAAUUAAAUUCCCCUGUUGUAAGGAGGACUUUACCUGUCUUGCUGCUGUUUAGUAUUAAGGAGUCUGAUGAAAAAGUAAGUAAAGUGUUUGCACAGAUGAAUACUAUUAUGAGUAAAAGUUUACAUGAUGAAGGUUUUACAGUUCCACAGAUCAUUGAAAUGGAGUUAGACAGCCAGGAGCAGUUGCUACUUCAAGACCCUCCUGUGACAUAUAUUCAGCAGUUUGCAGAUGCAACUACUGGCCUGACAUCUGUGGAGACUGACAAAUGGAACUCUCUGGUCCCCAAGCCUGGGACAUUGGUUCAGUGCCUGAGGCUGCCAAAGUUUGCUGAAGAAGAGAACCUUUGUGUAGAUUCAAUCACUUUGUCUGCAGACGGGAGACAUUUACUGAUAGGAUUACAGAAGUGCCCUCUUGAGUCCAUGAGUGCAAUAAAUCAAGUGGAGGCCUUGAAUAACUUAAAUAAAUUGAACUCUGCACUUUGCAGUAGAAGAAAAGGGGAUUUAGAAUCGAACCUUUGUAUAGUGAAUGGCACAAAUAUUAAUGUUUUUCAGCAGGAGUCCCCAUCGGAUUUACAUAGUCCUCUUAUAAUUCAACCUCAGCAAAGACGGGUCAGUGGGGGUUAUUUACUACUUUACAAAAUGAACUACACCACCAGGAUAGUUACCCUGGAAGAGGAACCAGUAAAAAUACAACAUAUCAAAGAUCCACAGGAUGCUAUUACUUCUCUUUUACUACUUUCGCCUGAUAUACUAGAUAGUAGAGAAGAUGACUGUGAGGAGCCAGUCGAGGAGCAGUCCCCGAGUGGCAGAACUUGUAAUGGGCUGGACAGGAGGGCAGAUGUAAAAAGCCUCGGGCACUUGGUUAUAACUACUCAGGGAGGAUUUGUCAAAAUUUUGGACUUGGCCAACUUUGAAGUACUGGCCAAAGUAGAACCACCUAAAAAAGAGGGCAGUGAAGAAAGUGAUCCUUUUGUAUCUGUGAUAUACUGUUCUGGCACCGAUAGACUGUGUGCUUGCACAAAAGGUGGUGAUCUUCAUUUUCUCCAGAUUGGAGGAAUGUUCGAUGAUAUUGAUGAAGCAGAUAUGUUUGUAGAUGGUUCUAUUUCUAAAGUAACAGAUCAGCUAGUAGAAAGAACAAAGCCGCUAUCAAAUCCCUCUAGUCCAGGACUCACAGGAAUUGACCUGUUGGUGGACCAAACUCUUUCCACUGAAGUAUUAACUUCAUUAGUAGAACUGACCCGAUUUGAGACAUUGACGCCACGCUUUUCAGCCACAGUUCCACCAUGUUGGGUGGAGGUGCAGCAAGAGCAGCAGCAGAGAAGGCAUCCACAGCAUCUGCACCAACAGCACCACGGAGAUGCAGCUCAGCAUACUCGCACCUGGAAAUUGCAGUCUGACAGCUCCAGCUGGGAUGAACACGUAUUUGAAUUAGUUUUGCCAAAGGCGUGUAUGGUUGGGCAUGUGGAUUUCAAAUUUGUUAUGAAUUCAAACCUUAUGAACAUUCCACAAAUUCAGGUUACUCUCUUGAAGAAUAAAGCUCCAGGUCUAGGAAAAGUAAAUGAAACCGCAGUUGACCGCCAGAUCUCAUUUCCGCUGUCCCCGGCUCUUAAUUCUGAGGGAUUGAGCAAUGGCAUGCUUGGAUCACCCGACCUGAAUGAUGAGUUGCAGUCAAUGGAGGUAGAAGAAUCAAUAGGCCCACGAUUAUGUGAUUUUUUGGAAGACCACAAGGAGGACAUUCUCUGUGGCCCAGUAUGGUUAGCUAGUGGUCUCGAUCUUUCUGGUCAUGCUGGGAUGUUAACACUAACAAGUCCAAAGCUUGUCAGAGGUAUGGCAGGAGGAAAAUACCGUUCUUUUUUAAUCCACAUCAAAGCUGUGAAUGACCGGAGUUCUGAAGAUGCUUCAAAUGGUGGUAUUAGGCAGGUUGUAAGGAUGCCAUCUUCAAAACCUCAAGGCAAUAAGGGCCAGUCUCUUGCAUCUCUGCUUGCAAAGGUUGCAGCAGGCAAGGAGAAGUUAACCACUUCUAAAACUGAGUCCAGCAGCUCAUCAAGAAAGCCAGAUAAUCUCAGAGGCUGUGACUUGCUGCAGGAAGUUUCUGUAACUAUUCGAAGAUUUAAGAAGACCUGCAUUUCUAAAGAAAGGGUUCAGCGAUGUGCCAUGCUACAAUUCACAGAAUUCCAUGACAAGCUUUUAAGAAUUCUCUGCAAGACGACUGAUGACAGUCUUACAAAUGAACAUGCUCUGAGUCUUGUACUAGAUAUAUUAUGUUGGCUUGCUGGAGUACACUUAAAUGGACCAGGCAGCUUGAGAGAAGGAAAAGAAAGUCUACUUUCCAAGACGAGGAAAUGCCUGCAUCAUAUUGUUCGUGUUUGUUUUUUUGAGGCAGGUCGAAGCAUAGCCCACAAGUGUGCACGGUUUUUGGCACUUUGCAUAAGCAGCAGUGGAAAGAGUGACCAGAAUCAGCAGAGUUUUGGAUCUAGUCUUCUGGAGGCUUUAUUGGACAAUUUACCUUAUUUACCUGCAGCUGCAGCAGGAGGUUCCGUUUACUGGUAUUUUGUGCUACUGAAUUAUGUCAAGGAUGAUGACUUGUCAAAGUGCAGCACAGCUUGUGCAGGACUUCUUACUGCUGUUUCCAAACAACUACAGGACAGAUUAACCCCCCUUGAAGCUCUGCUUCAAACAAGGUAUGGGUUGUACAGCUCACCGUUUGAUCCGGUCCUGUUUGAUUUGGAGCUGAGUGGUUCCUCCUGCAAGAAUGUGUAUAACAGUGCUGGCAGUAGUAGCAGCAGUUUACAGUCAGAUGAAAUUGAUCUUUCUGAUGUUUUGUCAGGUAACGGAAAGGUUAGUAGCUGUACAGCAGCAGAAGGAAGUUUCACUGCUCUGACUGGACUUCUAGAAGUUGAACCUUUGCACUUCACCUGCGUUUCAACAAGCGAUGGCACCAGGGUAGAAAGGGAUGAUGCAAGUAUGUUUACCGUGAGUACUUUCGGAGUAGCACCUACAAUGGGAGGACUUUCAGCUGGUACAGUUGGUGAAGCUUCAACCGCUUUGAGUUCAGCAGCACAGGUAGCCUUACAGUCCCUGUCUCACGCCAUGGCCUCAGCCGAGCAGCAGCUUCAGGUUUUGCAAGAAAAACAGCAGCAGUUACUUAAACUUCAGCAACAGAAGGCCAAGCUGGAAGCCAAAUUGCAUCAGACGACAGCAGCAGCAGCUGCAGCAGCAUCAGCAGUUGGACAGAUUCACAGUUCAGUGCCUUCUAACCCCACUACAGCACCAGGAUUCUUCAUUCACCCUUCAGAUGUCAUUCCACCCACUCCCAAAACAACACCACUGUUUAUGACUCCGCCUUUGACUCCACCCAAUGAGGCAGUGUCUGCCGCCAUCAGUGCCGAGUUAGCUCAGCUCUUCCCAAGCUCUGUCAUUGAUCCCCCUCCAGUUAAUCUUGCUGCACAUAACAAAAAUGCAAACAAGUCCAAAACGAAUCCACUAGGGACGGGCCUUGCACUAGCAAUUUCUCAUGCAUCUCAUUUUCUUCAGCCUCCUCCUCAUCAGUCAAUUAUUAUUGAACGAAUGCAUUCAGGUGCACGAAGGUUUGUAACACUGGACUUUGGAAGAACAGUUCUACUAACAGAUGUGCUUAUUCCAACUUGCGCUGACUUGGCUUCUCUAUCUAUUGACGUUUGGACAUUAGGAGAAGAGGUGGAUGGCCGUAGGCUUGUGGUGGCUACAGAUAUUAGCACCCAUUCUCUUAUUCUGCAUGACUUGUUGCCCCCUUCAGUUUGCAGGUUCAUGAAGAUCACUGUUAUUGGUCGUUAUGGAAGUACAAAUGCCAGAGCUAAGAUACCUUUGGGGUUUUACUAUGGUCAUACCUACAUCUUACCGUGGGAGAAUGAACUGAAGCUAAUGCACGAUCCAUUGAGAGGAGAAGUGGAAUCUUCAAACCAGCCAGACAUGGACCAGCAUUUAACAAUGAUGGUGGCAUUACAAGAAGACAUCCAGUGCAGGUACAAUUUAGCUUGCCAUAGGCUGGAAACCUUGUUGCAGAACAUUGAUCUGCCACCACUCAACAGUGCCAACAAUGCACAGUAUUUUUUACGAAAGCCAGAUAAGGCAGUAGAAGAGGAUAGCCGUGUAUUCUCCGCAUAUCAAGACUGCAUUCAGUUGCAGCUGCAGCUCAAUUUAGCCCAUCAUGCUGUUCAAAGACUCAAGGUGGCCCUUGGAGCCAGCAGAAGGUCCCUUGCUGAAGCUGGAGAUCCUCAAGAUGUAAUACAGAACUCCUCCACUGAACAACUGAGAACCAUUGUCAGAUAUUUGCUGGAUACAUUGCUUAGCCUUCUUCACUCAUCCAGUGGCCAUUGUGUACCGUCCGUUUUACAAAGCACAUUUCAUGCACAGGCCUGUGAAGAACUGUUCAAGCACUUGUGUAUUAGUGGGACCCCAAAAAUAAGACUUCACGCAGGCCUUCUCCUUGUCCAGUUGUGUGGUGGAGAACGAUGGUGGGGACAGUUCCUUUCCAAUGUUCUGCAGGAACUAUACAACUCUGAGCAACUUCUCAUCUUCCCACAGGACCGGGUUUUCAUGCUGCUUUCCUGCAUUGGACAAAGAUCACUGAGUAACAGUGGAGUUUUAGAGAGCCUGCUGAACCUUCUGGAUAAUCUCUUGUCACCUCUUCAACCUCAUAUGUCUGCUUACAGACAAACAGAAGGUGUCUUAGACAUUCCCCUGAUCAGCUGGGUUGUGAUGCUUGUGUCUCGAUUAUUGGACUAUGUAGCUACCGUUGAAGAGGAGGCUACUACUGCCAAAAAACCUCUUACUGGAAAAGAGAGAGAGAGGUUAAUUACAGGAAACCAGUGGAGUUUCAUUAACAAUAGUUUACAGUCCCAGAGUCUUAGCAGAUCAGCUAAAGGUAACAGCAGUCUGGAUCGUCUAUAUUCAAGAAAAAUCCGCAAACAGCUUGUUCAUCAUAAACAGCAACUCAAUUUAUUGAAGGCAAAACAGAAGAUACUGGUGGAGCAAAUAGAAAAGGAGAAGAUUCAGAGCAACAAAGGCUCCUCGUAUAAACUUCUUGUCGAGCAAGCUAAACUGAAGCAAGCAACAUCAAAGCAUUUCAAAGACUUGAUUCGGCUACGCCGGACUGCAGAAUGGCCUCGCAUGACACUGGACACUGAAGUAUCAGCAGUAAAAGAAGCACCUGAAAUAGAGCCCUUGCCUUUUACACUGGCUCAUGAACGUUGCAUUUCUGUAGUGCAGAAACUUGCUCUCUUUCUACUUUCCAUGGAUUUUACAUGCCAUGCUGACCUGUUGCUUUUUGUUUGCAAGGUUCUUGCUAGAAUUGCAAAUGCCACAAGGCCCACAAUUCGUUUAUGUGAGAUUGUGAAUGAACAACAAUUGGAAAGACUUCUGUUGCUACUGGUAGGAACGGACUUCAACCGAGGAGACAUCUCAUGGGGAGGAGCCUGGGCGCAGUACUCUCUGACCUGCAUGAUACAAGACAUCAUCACUGGUGAAUUGUUGUCACCAGUUUCAUCUGAAGCUAUGGAGGAAGGAGUAGUAGAAGAACCUGGAUCUUCAACAGGGGAUUCUGAUGAUUCUCUCCAGCCUUCGUCUUCAAUUCCUUUAGUAGAAGCAAUAGAUGAGCCAUUAACUCCUGAUAUUACAGGUACUGCACCAUUAGCAUCUUUAGAAAAAGAUAAAGACAUCGACUUUGACUUGCUACAGGACCUGAUGGAUGUUGACAUUGAUCCUUUAGACAUCGAUUUGGAGAAAGAUCCACUAGCAGCAAAAGUGUUCAAGCCAAUAAGCAGUACAUGGUAUGACUACUGGGGCGCUGAUUAUGGCACUUACAACUACAACCCUUACAUUGGAACUGUUGGAAUACCAGUUGCGAAACCACCGGCAGCGACUGAGAAGAACGGAUCCCAGAGUGUAUCUGUGUCUGUGUCUCAAGCAUUGGAUGCCCGCCUUGAAGUUGGAUUGGAGCAGCAGGCUGAGCUAAUGUUGAAGAUGAUGGCUACUCUGGAAGCUGACUCCAUUCUUCAAGCCCUGACCAGUACAUCUCCCACAAUGUCUCACCCUGUUAAUGGAACUGAUGAUGCUUUAUUGAGAGGCUUGCAUAUGUCUAAUCAACUCUUUGUGCAGUCUUCUUCCAUUCCAAUGCUUAGUGCCUGUUUCAACAAGCUGUUCUCCAUGCUGCAAGUUUAUCAUGUGCAGCUGGAGUCACUCCUUCAUUUAUGGCUGACAUUAAGCCUAAAUACUAGUGCUUCUGGAAGUGAAGAAAAUGGAACUGAUAUUUUUCUGUUUAAUGCUAAUCGGAUUCCUACCAUCCCAUUAAAUCAAGCAUCAGUAACCAGCUUUCUGGCAGUCUUAGCAUGGUACCCAAACACAUCCCUGAGGACUUGGUGCCUUGUACUUCACAGCCUAACUCUUAUGACAAAUAUGCAACUUGGGUCUGUUCUAAGUAGUUCCAUAGGCGUUCAGGAGAAUACUGCGCAACUUUUGGUAUCUGACCCUAAUCUCAUUCACGUUUUGGUAAGGUUUCUGUCUGGAACAACUCCUCAUGGAACAAAUCAACACAGUCCCCAGGUUGGGCCAACAGCCACCCAAGCUAUGCAAGAAUUUCUCACUCGUUUACAGGUACAUCUUUCAUCUACUUGUCCUCAGAUGUUCAGCGAAUUUUUAUUGAAGCUGAUACACAUCCUGUCAAUAGAAAGAGGUCCUUUUCAAACAGGCCAGGGUCCAUUGGAUGCCCAAAUAAAACUGUUAGAAUUUGCACUGGAGCAGAAUUUUGAAGUUGUGUCUGUUAGCACAAUUUCUGCAGUCAUUGAAUCCAUUACAUUCUUAGUGCACCAUUAUAUCACGUGUUCUGAUAAAGUAGUAUCACGCAGUGGAUCUGAUAGCUCAGUAGCAGCUCGAGCUUGCUUUGGAGGACUGUUUGCUAAUAUCAUCCGUCCUGGGGAUGCUAAAGCAGUAUGCGGUGAAAUGACCAGAGAUCAACUCAUGUUUGAUUUACUGAAACUAGUCAACAUCUUGGUGCAGCUUCCUCUGUCUAGUAACAGAGAACACAGUAUGAGGAUGCCAGUUACCAGCAGUGCUACUGACAGCGUUUCCGAUGAAGAGAAGGUCUCAGGAAAUAAAGAUGGGAAUGGAACCACCUCUACUACCCAAGGAACAACUGCUUGUGUGGCAGAUUUGGUACUGGCCAAUCAGCAGAUCAUGAGUCAGAUUCUCUCUGCACUGGGGCAGUGCAACAGCAGUGCCAUGGCAAUGAUCAUUGGAGCAAGUGGAUUGCAUUUGACAAAACAUGAAAACUUUCAUGGAGGUUUAGAUGCCAUCUCAGUUGGAGAUGGACUCUUUACUAUUCUGACAACUCUCAGUAGAAAAGCCACUUCAGUGCAGAUUAUGCUCCAACCGAUUCUUACUUACAUGGCCUGUGGGUACAUGGGAAGACAGGGUUCUUUGUCCACGUGCCAGUUGUCCGAACCCCUUCUGUGGUUUAUCCUGAGAGUUCUUGAUACAACAGAAGCACUGAAGGCAUUCCAUGAUAUGGGAGGUGUACAGCUGAUAUGCAACAAUAUGGUCACAAGCACAAGAGCAAUUGUCAACACAGCUAGAAGUAUGGUGUCUACCAUUAUGAAGUUUUUGGAUUCAGGGCCAGGCAAAACAACUGAUGGGACUCUGAAAGCAAGGGUAUUAGCUUCGGAGCCUGAUAAUGCUGAAGGGUUUCAUAACUUUGCACCAUUAGGUACCAUUACUUCUAGCAGUCCUACUGCCCAGCCAGCUGAAGUUCUGCUGCAGGCAACACCCCCUCACCGAAGAGCAAGGUCAGCUGCUUGGUCUUAUAUUUUUUUACCUGAAGAGGCAUGGUGUGACCUUACCAUCCAUCUUCCUGCUGGAGUUCUGCUAAAGGAGAUCCACAUCCAGCCUCACCUUGCAUCCCUUUCCACUUGUCCUUCAUCUGUGUCUGUUGAGUUAAGUGCUGAUGGACUCAAUAUGCUGCCUUUAUCUACCCCAGUCAUCACCAGUGGCCUUACAUACAUUAAAAUUCAGCUGAUUAAGGCAGAAGUUGCUUCUGCUGUAUGUCUCAGACUUCAUCGUCCCAGAGAUGCUAGUACCCUUGGGCUGUCUCAAAUCAAACUGCUUGGGCUAACAGCUUUUGGGAGCACAUCAUCAGCUACAGUAAACAAUCCCUUCCUUCCAUCAGAGGAUCAAGUCUCUAAAACCAGCAUUGGAUGGUUGCGGCUGUUGCAUCACUGUUUAACUCAUGUCACUGAGCUUGAAGGAAUGAUGGCCAAUGCUGCCGCACCUACUGCUAAUCUGCUGCAGACAUGUGCAGCCCUGCUGAUGUCACCUUACUGUGGUAUGCAUUCCCCCAACAUAGAGGCCGUAUUGGUUAAAAUUGGACUUCAGUCAACUAAAAUAGGCCUCCGGCUAAUAGAUAUCCUUUUAAGAAAUUGUGCUGCUUCCAGCAAUGAUCCAGCAGAUCUGAACAGCCCUUUGCUCUUUGGAAGACUGAAUGGCUUAUCUUCAGAUUCCACAAUUGACAUCCUUUAUCAGUUAGGAACGACUCAAGAUACUGGCACAAAAAACAGGAUCCAAGCAUUGUUGAAAUGGGUGCAUGAUUCCGCAGUCGUUGCCUGUAAGAAGAGAAACCAUCAUAUAAGCUAUACCAGCCCAAACAGCACCAGCCGAGAGUAUGGUCUUUUGAUGCCCUCGCCCUCUCAUUUGCACUGUGUGGCAGCAAUCUUGUGGCACAGCUAUGAAUUACCUGUGGACUAUGACCUUCCAGCCUUAUUAGGACGAGAACUUUUUGAGUUGCUGUACAGUUGGUCCAUGUUGAUCCCCUGCAACAUGGUUUUGAAGAAGGCUGUUGAUAGCUUGUUGUGUUCCAUCUGCCACAUCCACCCCAGCUAUUUCUCUUUACUUAUGGGCUGGAUGGGUGUUCCUGCACCGCCUGUACACAGCCAGCAUAGACUUUCCAUGACAGAUGACAGCAAGAAGCAGGACCUUACCUCUAGCCUAACAGAUGACUCUAAAAAAGCUCAGGCCCCUAUUGCACUAAAUGAGUCUCAGUUAGCUACCCUUGCAUCUGCUUCACAGUCUCCGGAAGUAAUAAAGCAGUUGUUGGACUCUGGUUUGCCUUCUUUGCUUGUAAGAAGUCUGAUUAGCUUCUGUUUUAGUCACUUUUCCAGCUUUGACUGUAAUUUACCUACAGUGGAUGUGCCCACAGACAGACUGAGAAGACCUCAUUCUCAUCUAAACUUGGUCAAUAAAAUGCCUCUUACAGCUGACUUGGUGGCUCCUGUUCUCAGGUUUUUGACUGAUGUUGGUAAUAGCCAUACCAUGAAGGACUGGUUAGGUGGUUCUGAAGUGAAUCCAUUGUGGACAGCCCUACUUUUUUUAUUGUGCCAUUCCGGUGCAAACUCAGGAAGUAACCAUGGAAGCUUUCUACAUGCAUGUGGCAGAGCCACAUUGUCAUCAUCACCAUCUGCAGGUGCUGGGCUAACCACUCAGCAAAGAACUGCUAUUGAAAAUGCAACAGUUGCAUUCUUUCUUCAGUGUAUUUCUUGCCAUCCUAGUAACCAGCGACUUAUGGCUCAGGUUCUUUGUGAACUGUUCCGUUCAUCCCCACAACAUGGAAACCUUCCUACAUCUGGCAAUAUUUCGGGAUUCAUCCGGCGACUCUUCUUGCAGCUCAUGCUUGAAGAUGAAAAAGUAACUCUGUUUCUUCAGUCUCCCUGUCCGUUGUACAAGGGCAGAAUUAAUGCAACCAGUCAUGUGAUACAGCAUCCUAUGUAUGGUGCAGGACAUAAAUUUCGCACACUUCAUCUUCCAAUCUCUACAACAUUAGCAGAGGUCCUUGAUCGUGUUUCAGAUACACCAAGCAUUACUGCUAAACUGAUCAAUGAACAGAAGGAUGAUAAAGAAAAAAAGAAUCAGGAAGAGAAAGAAAAAAUGAAAGCAGAAAAUGGCUUUCAAGACAAUUACAGCGUUGUUGUUGCCUCUGGUUUAAAGUCUCAGUCGAAGAGGGCUGUUGCAUCGACACCCCCACGCCCUCCAUCAAGACGAGGUAGAGUGGCUGCUGACAAGCUAGCAAAUACUUCCUCAGGGGCCGAAUCUGCCAACAAGACCAUCAGUGUCCCAGUCUUUCACCUUUAUCACAAAUUCUUACCAGGCCAGCCACUCCCCCCAGAGAUGACACUAGCUCAGCUACUGACUCUCUUGUAUGAUCGCAGGCUUCCUCAGGGCUACCGGUCAAUAGACUUGACAGUAAAGCUUGGCUCUAAAGUAAUUUCUGACCCAAGUCUCUCGAAAACUGACUCCUUCAAACGUCUCCAUACAGACAAAGAACAUGGUGAUCUACUCAGCAGCUGUUCUGAAGAGGAAGCCAUGACACCAACUGAUGAGUGUAUGGAUACAGUGAUAGAGGAGUCAUUUUUGGAAACAAAUCCAAUUCAAUCUCCCCUGCAGGUGUUUGCAGGAAUGGGAGGGUUGGCGCUGAUUGCUGAAAGGCUUCCAAUGUUGUAUCCGGAUGUUAUUCAGCAAGUCAGUGCUCCUGUUGUUACUUCUUCCACACAAGAGAAGCCAAAAGACAGUGAUCAGUUUGAGUGGGUUACUAUUGAACAGUCGGGGGAACUAGUUUAUGAGGCUCCAGAAACCAUCGCUGCAGAGCCACCUCCUAUCAAGUCAGCUGUUCAGACUAUGUCACCAAUCCCUGCCCACUCAUUGGCAGCUUUUGGACUGUUCCUUCGUCUACCAGGUUACGCAGAGGUUUUGUUGAAAGAAAGGAAGCAUGCCCAGUGCUUGCUUAGGUUGGUACUGGGAGUAACAGAUGAUGGAGAAGGAAGUCACAUUCUCCAAUCUCCUUCUGCGAAUGUGCUUCCUACCCUUCCAUUCCAUGUCCUACGCACUUUGUUCAGCACUACACUGUUGACUACUGAUGAUGGAGUACUUCUGAGACGUAUGGCUUUAGAGAUUGGUGCUGUCCAUCUGAUUCUUGCUUGUCUGUCUGCUCUUAGCCACCAUGCUCCUAGAGUGCCUAAUUCAAAUCACAGUCCGACAGAGGUGUCCAACACACACAGCAGUGGAUCUGCUGAAGACCAGCAGCUGUAUUGGGCUAAAGGUACUGGAUUUGGGACAGGCUCAACAGCAUCAGGAUGGGAUGUGGAACAAGCUUUAACUAAACAGAGGCUGGAAGAGGAGCAUGUCACAUGUCUUUUACAAGUUCUCGCCAGUUACAUUAACCCUGCUGGUAGCACAUCACCUGGAGAAACACCUUGUACUGAGGCUAGAGGACAGAACAGUAAUGCUCUUCCAUCAGUUCUUGUAGAAUUACUCAGCCAGUCCUGCCUUAUCCCAGCAAUGUCAUCAUACCUGCGGAAUGAUUCUGUGCUGGACAUGGCUAGGCAUGUUCCCCUUUACAGAGCCCUUCUGGAGCUGCUUCGUGCCAUUGCCUCAUGUACAUCCUUGGUGCCUUUACUACUGCCCUUAUCCGGAGAGAAUUGUGAGGAAGAGGAUGAGCAAUCAGAGUGUCAGGCUUCAGUUGGCACUUUGCUGGCCAAAAUGAAGACUUGCGUAGAUACCUAUACUAACAGGCUGAGGUCCAAGAAAGACAAAAACAAAGCUGGUAUAAAAUCCGAUACUUCUGACCCAGAACCAGAAGGUCUCACACUUCUUGUGCCUGACAUACAGCGGACUGCAGAGAUUGUUUACAUUGCCACCACCAGCCUACGACAUGCAAAUCAAGAAAAAAAGUUGGCUGAAUCAUCUAAGAAAAAUCUAGUAAAGCCUAAACCUUCAACUUCAUUACGUUCCGUUGAAGAAACAUAUGUGGCUGUCAUGAAAAAACUCCAGUUUGACACUUUUGAAAUGGUUUCCGAAGAUGAUGAUGGGAAGCUGGUGUUCAAAGUAAACUAUCAUUACAUGUCUCAGGUGAAAAAUGCCAAUGAUGCAAAUAGUGCAGCCAGAGCCCGGAGGCUUGCCCAAGAAGCUGUGACCCUGUCAACCUCAUUGCCUUUAUCUUCCUCAUCAAGUGUUUUUGUUCGCUGUGAUGAAGAAAGACUUGAUAUAAUGAAGGUUCUAAUAACUGGCCCAGCAGAUACCCCUUAUGCAAAUGGGUGCUUUGAGUUUGAUGUCUACUUUCCACAGGACUAUCCUAAUUCACCCCCGUUAGUGAACCUAGAGACAACUGGUGGACAUAGUGUACGCUUUAACCCAAAUCUUUACAAUGAUGGCAAGGUUUGCUUAAGCAUAUUAAACACAUGGCAUGGAAGACCAGAAGAAAAAUGGAAUCCACAGACGUCAAGCUUUUUACAAGUUUUGGUGUCUGUCCAGUCCCUGAUAUUAGUUUCAGAGCCUUAUUUUAAUGAACCGGGUUAUGAGAGGUCAAGAGGCACCCCCAGUGGGACUCAGAGCUCUAGAGAAUACGAUGGAAAUAUUCGGCAGGCAACAGUCAAGUGGGGAAUGCUUGAGCAGAUAAGAAAUCCCUCUCCGUGUUUCAAGGAGGUUAUACAUAAGCAUUUUUACCUGAAGAGAGCCGAGGUAAUAGGCCAAUGUGAAGAGUGGAUAGCUGACAUCCAGCAGUACAGCAGUGACAAACGAGUUGGCAGGACCAUGUCUCACCAUGCAGCAGCUCUUAAGCGGCAUACAGCACAGCUCAGAGAAGAAUUGUUAAAGCUGCCUUGCCCAGAUGGUUUAGAACCAGACAGUGAAGAAACCAUGGAGAACUGUGAAGCUUCUGCAGGCUCAGAAAAAGAAAUGUCAUAUGAACAGGACAAACCUAGCAGCAGCAAGGACAUACACAUGAGUGAUGUCAAAUUAUGAGCUUCAUUUAUAUGAACUUUACUAAAGACUCAACGGCUUUGAAGCACAAGCCAAACUUGUCCAUAUUUGUAUGUAAAAAAAAACUAAUUAUGUAAUAGUUAAUACAACUGAAGCUAUACUUUGCCCUUAUGGAUAUACAGUUUAUUUCAAAAUGAUCUUUUAUUUACCUGUACAAGAGUGUAAAAUUUUUUUGUGCUUUUAUUUUUCACUUGUGAAAUAACCACUGAUUGAUGCAUUUAAAAUGUUACCUAUACAAGAUGAACCCAGUUAAAUCACUGCUAUAUGAGGGAACUACCUUAGAGAUGAAUGUUUACUGGAUGUUCUUUUUCCUUAUAUUCUGAUGGACUGUUAAACUAAGGGCAGUUGUAUCAAGGAAUAUACUGGUCAUUCUUACAGCUACUAUUUAAAAAUCUGCAGAUUUUCACAGACUUUGAUAGUUCUUAUGUUUGGCCCAUAUCUCCAUGCUCAUUUGAUUUCUACAGAGACCUCCUGUACAAUUCAAUAAAAGUCAAAUGGACAUUCUCUUCUA